UCUUCAACUUAUAACGAUAAUCAAAUUAAAAUUGUUUAUUAUUUUAACGCGCCAAAUUAAUUUAACUGCUCCUUAUAAGAUAAAAAAGUACACAAUGGUUGAAAAUAGUACAAAGUGGAACAUGAGUUAAUCUUAUACAGAUAUUGGAGAUCUUAGAUAGCAAAAUAUUAAACGCUGGAGAAAUGGAUAUGCAUUCGGAGCUAGCUGAACCUUUAACACCUGGAUUGUCCUAUGGAAACAAUAGCAACUAUUGGAAAAAUGAAGACAGUGGUUACCAUACACCGUAUACUCCAGGCUCAUUUGAAUGUUCUGAAACAUCUAACGAUGGCUCAGCUUCUGGACUCCUAAAAGGCAAUAUUUGUAUCAGGGGCCCCUUUCAUGUAGAUUGCUAUAGCUUUUCAACAGAUGUGAAUAUUUUGCCUAGGAGUAAAUACAAUUGCAGUAAUUUAAAUGAUAGUUUCAAAGAGUCACCUCAAAUUAGGCGGGGUGUUAAAAGAUCAUAUCAAGAAGACAUUGAAAAUAGUGAUCUAGGAUAUUCAACUGUUCCAACACCAACAACAUUAAUUGCUGGAGGAUUAAGAAAGUUGAAAUUUAAUGAAUGUAGUAAGAUUAAAGGAUCUGGCUUGGGACAUACUGAGUCUAUAAAUGGAUUAUACCAUUUUAAUGAUCAAGUGCAUACAUUCCCAUCUACACCAAUAAAGAGAACAUGUAGAACAAGUUGCAAAUUGAGUAGUCCAUCCAGUUUAAAAAGACCAGCUAAAAAGCUAAGCUUUGUAAUGCAUUCCUUGACUUGUGAAUCUCAUGCACUUCAAAAUGUAUCAAAAAUUCCAAAAGCUCAUUCAAAAGCUGUAAAGUCUAUUCAAUUUCGACCGGAACAAAAAUUUGAUAUUAUUAAAAUGUUAUAUGAGAAAGCAAAUGUUAUGCCACCUAUUAUGAAAAUCUUCAGUUAUUUAUCUAAUGAAGAUAUAUUUAAUUUUACUCUAGUCAGUCCUGUGUGGCUCAGAGUAUGGGAAGAUGUGAGCAGGAUUAAAACAAAAAAAAUUGAAUACUUAAGGUUUUUAAAAACUGCUAAAGAAAAUCAAGAAAAUAAAGGUAUUAAUACCCCAAAUCCAACCAAUAGUAGUCAAUCGAGACCAUUAAUUGAGAUACAUAAUGUUCUUAAUACUAGCAAUAUUCAAAAGAAUUUGUCAAGCAGUCCGCCAAGUACACCUAGAACAAUAAGGUUCAAAAAGUUUACAAAGAUGGCUGCAUUGGAUAUUCGGAAGCAAUUAUCAUGUGUCCGCUGCAGUCAACCAGCCAAAGUGACCGAGGAGAGUUCUGGAGAAGAGUGGGUUGAGUGUACAAGCGCAACAUGUGCCUAUCAAUAUUGUAAAUUAUGUAAAUGUGAACGGCACCCAGGUAAGAACUGUAUUCUAUAUGAUCUAGAUGGCCCAAGUCCCUCGAAACGAAAGAAAAGUACCAGCACCAUUGGAACAAAGAAAAGUAAACGUAAUCUUAGAAGACUACUGUGAGUCUUGUUUACGAAUAUGUCUACCAGUGAGUUAUUGUUAUAACAUUGCAUUCCAUAUCCAAAGAUUUGAUGAUUCAAUAAGUCAUCCCGAGAUUAGUGUAUUAUUAUUAUUUAGGUUUAUUAUGGUUGGAUGGAAAAUUGUAAGGUCUGAUGAAGUGCCAUUUUAAUUUUUAAUUUUUUUUAACUCAACAGUUUUUACCUCAUUAUUACCAAAAUAUGAUGUAAUAAUAUUAUGAUGUAUUUUCCCUUGCUCAUAUAUGUGAAUCUUAAUAAUUUUAAGAGUCAUAUUAAUAAUAUAUUAUAUUGUUACUAACAUAUUGACAGUACAAUAUAUUAUUAAGCAGGUUAUUAUUUAUAACUAGAGAUCCUUACAAUAUCAACAUUAAAAGUUUAAGAGUAUCAAAUACUUCAAAAUUUGCACACAAUGAAAUUAAUUGACAGACUGAAAAUUGCCAUAUAAUCUAAUGAUUAUAAUAUCUAGACAUAGCUUAUACUAAGAUUGUAAAUAGUAGUCCUAUUAUUAAUUUAAUAUUUUAUGUCUUUUUAAAUUUUGGGGUAUUUUUAGGUGUUUGAAAUUCUAAUUCUAACAGUAAUUGUAUUCUUGAGAAUAUACAAUAGUAGUAUAUUUAUGAAAUCGGUGACAGUUAAUGUUUUAACAACUGAUAUAUUAAAUCUUUGACCGGAUUAACAUUUUAUUACAAUGAAACCAGUGAAUUACUGUAACACUUUUUUAAAACAACAUUGCUGUGAAUUUAUUUUCCAAACAUAAGACUGUUUUACAAUUAGGAUUGUCGUAUUUUUUAAAUUAAUAAAACAUACUCAUUAGAUUAAUUUUAAAAUAGAUAUUAGAACAUCACUUUUGAAAAAUAAUUAUACUAUAUGAAUGGCCAUAAUCUGAUAAGUAUUAGCUCGUAGGAUACCAACACAUUCCAACUUCAUAUUAAUUGGAAUUAUAUUUGUUUAUAUUCAUCUUAAAUUAAAUUUGUAUUUUCAAAUUCACAGAGUACAUUUAGGUUGAAGUCUAGCGUACUUAGACGCUCAGACUUUACUUACCUAAUACUUAACGGAGUGGAAGCUUUAAUUUCAUUUUUAUAGUCAUUUGACAGCUGAAAUGAUACUGAGCUAAAGCUAAGACAGCCUAAUGCAAAAGUCAAGUUCACAUUUUAUCACACGAAGCUAAGUUUUUGUAAGUCUAAGUACGCUUUAUAGAUCUCAGCCUUAGUGUAUGAAUGGAAGUAAAGUACUUCUUGUAUAAUUCUAUUACUGUCCGAUUUUUACUGUUAUUAUUAUUAUUAUGAGAUAGUUGGCCACAGAACCAGCCAAUUAGUCUUUUAAAUUAUAAUUACAUAAGUAUUUCAAGUAAAUGGUGUUCUAAUUCAUCACAGAGUAUGAUUUUGAAUAUAGGCUUAAAGAAUUUAUUUUAUUAAAAAUGAACCUGUGGGGCCAAUUAUAAGUAAGCUUUUUUUAUAUUUAAUAAAAAAAAAACAUUUUUUGUGCCUUAGCUUCUUUUAAUUUUCAUGUUUCCCACAUAUUUUGUCUCUAAAACAAUAUUUAUUUUUUGUUUUGUUUUUUAAGUAUAAAGGCAAGAAAAAUUUAAACAACUUCUUGUUUGAAUUUUUCAUUUCUGAAGGUUGUGUCAAUACUUCAAAGUUUUUGUAACAUUGAUCACUAAAGGCAACCACUCCUUUUGGUUCUCGGCUUUCUUUAUUGAGGUCGUAAGUGGUAGGCCAGUGAUCUGGUCCGACUAGCAGCUGGAUGAUAGUCCUAGUGGUCUUUUGCCCUCAACCUUGCCUAUGACUAUCAGCUUGUCUAAAUUACUGGCUGGAAGGCUUAUACAAAGUGUCGGUCGAUGUGGCAAAAAACAACAACUUAUUUUGAUGAUAUUUGUUGUUUUUUUACACAACUAACUUCAACAUUAUUUGGAAUAGGUACAUUUUAUUGCAACAUGUAUAUUAUUCCUAGUGGUCAGUAUCUUUAAAAUACUAUUUUACAUUACUGAUUGGAUUACUGUAGUUAUCUCUUUAGCUGCGCCAUAAUAAUAUCUGAAUGAGCUUGUUUCUUUUCUUUAUGUAUGUGUUUAAUUUUAAAACAUCUUUAAGAAUACUCCCUCAGUUCUAUCUAGUCUUGAACAUUACAUUACAAUACUAUUAAUUGCUUUAUUUCCUUAAUUUUUAACGUAGAACUACGAUUGUAAUUUAAGGUAUAUCAGGACUUGGGUUUAUUAAGUUUUAACAUUUAGUUGUUAUAUAUCACAUUAUACAAUGUUGUGAAAUCUUUAGAAUUAAAUGCUUUUUUUUAUAAUUUAGAUAUAAAAUAAGAACAUAAUAUUUUUGUCAAUGUUAUUACAUUUUCUAGCCACAUAAGACACAAAGUCAACCGAAUAUUGUUUCAUGAAUUAUCAUCUAUCGGUAAGUAUAAUAGUUGUGCACUACCAAUUAAUUGCUUCUGCCACAGUAGUUACACCAAAUAGUGGUGGUUGAUAUCUCAUGCAGCCCCGGUAAUUUGUGAAUGCACAAAGACUUAUAGCCAGACCAUUCAUGAAGGCCAUAAGAUCAUUAUUCUGAUAACACACUAUUUUUAUUCAGGCAAAAAUAUUGUCAGUGCUUACCAUAACACUUUCACACUAAUCUGUUCCGAUGUAUUGCUUCCCGACAAAUUGUAAUGUACCUAAUCUUUGAAAGUAUCACAACUAUACUAAUGUCAAAACCUCAUAGCCCUUGGUGCUCUAUAAGUACCAUUGGAACGCUACGGACAGAUGCAAUUUCCUUUUGUUAUUAUUGUUUAUUAUUCACAUCCAUAAUAGUGCACUAUGCUUCUAGUAAUACUUGUUCGUAGUGUGUGUCAACACUAGAUAAAGACCCCCUUAUUCAUAAUAGUCUGCUAGCUUAAAGCAUUGCUAAUUCUCACUCUGUGUUCUUCUAUUGACCUAAGUCAGAAUGAGAAAAAACACUCCUUAGUGGCUGUUUUAAGUUACCCGACCAUUAUGAAUAAGGGGGAUAGUGACCGUGGGCAGCGAGUGUUUGAUAUUAUUAUCAGGGAUAGAGUUGUCUAUAUCGAGCAAGCUUAUGUGAAAGUGUUACUCUGCUCCAUGUUACUUACAUAUUUUCUAUUUAUUUCGACCUGCGAAUAGAUUAAUUGUAUUAUAUGGCGGGAUUGCGAUACGUCGUUUCAGGCUUAGUGUGCUCGAUUAAAAUCUUCAUAAACCGAUAGUUGGCAGUUUUAUAAAAAGAAAAUUAUAAUUUAUAUUUAGGGAAUUUACUGAGAUUACACAAAAAUAGCACAGGACCUUUCAAAACAACAAAAAUCACCAGCGCCUUAUAAAAUUGUGACAGCUUUUAUAGCCUGCUCAAUUUGGACAGAGUAUAUACUGGUGUUGUGCCAAUUUUUUUACCUUUAUUUGAUUAGAGUUAGCUUCCAAAUUCACCAAUUUGCAAAUAAAUUAAAUAUAUAUUUAUAGUAGGAAAAUGCAUUUAAAAAUUAUUUCUAGAUACAUUCGAAAGCCGCCUCAGGCUAGAUGCGCAUAGAUCUAUUUAUCUUUCGAGUAAGUUUCAUUCUGAAAAGCAUGCUUCGAUCAACCUUAUAGCACAGAGGCGGGUAAUCAAGGGCGGACGCCUUCAGAUACCACAGUAGGAACACAUCAAUUGAUAGUAGCCAGUAGGGUUGAUAUUAUAAUUGGUCAGGUGAUAUCAAUCAAUAUUAUAUUGUAGUCAUUGCCCAAUGAACAUACCGACCGAAUUGUUUGCAUUACGAAUAUCAUGUAGGUAUUAGAUACCAGUGGGAGGCUCUUUUGCACAGGAUGCCGGCUAGAUUAUGGCUACCACAACGGCGCCUAUUUCUGCCGUGAAGCAGUAACGUGUUAGCAUUAGGUACUGUGUUUCGGUCUGAAGGGUAGCCGUAGCUAGUGAAAUUACUGGGCAAACGAGACCUGGCAUCUUGUCUCAAGGUGACGAGCGCAGCAAAUCAGAUUUUUAGGGGAUUUUCAAGAAUCCUAAGCGCCACUGCAUUGUAAUGGGCAGGGCGUGUCCAUUACCAUCAGCUGUACGUCCUGCUCGUCAUGUCCCUUAUUUUCAUAAAAAAAAAAUCAGAAGACCAUAAGUGCUGCUAGGACUUGACCAUCAGAAUGGUCAAUAAAUAAUUCAGUAAUGUGUGAGCGUCCUCCUUCCUACUCGAAGGGAUUUAUACCAUAAUUCAAUGUGAAGUCGUUAAAUACUUUGUAAUUUAAAAAUUUAUAUGUUAGCGGACAAUUUGUAUGGCAAUAUCUUGUUUUUUUCUCUAAUAUCUGUCAAAAUUUCGGUUGGUAUAGAGCGUACUAUGACUUUGCUCAGACAUUACUCAGAGUAAAACUUAGCUGAGUGUAAGCUUAGCAUUGUCUUUGAUUUAGUUUUUAUUGUUAUUUGUCAGCUGAAAUUAUGCCGAGCUUGACCUAAGACGGCCCAAUGCAAAAGUCAAAUAGCGUUUUAUCACACUUAGCUAAGUUUGAGUAAAGUCUAAGUAUCUAUCUCGCUCUAUAGAUCUGACCCUAAGGAAAAUGGUAUCCUUUGGUAAUUGUACCUCACUUUCGGGUACUGGAUACAAACCCUUGGAUGUAAAGUGCCAGUAUAUUGUUAAGUUCAGAACAUCUUAAAAAUAAAGUUCUCGAGUCGCGGUGUUUGUUACCAAACUACUCCGAAUCGGCUGAAUCGAUUUAUAUGAAAUUGUGUGCAUAUCGGAUAGGUCUGAGAAUCGGUCAACAUCUAUUUUUCAUACCCCUAAAAAGUAUGAUUCACCCUAAAUAUUUUUUUAUUUUUUUCGACAGUAAAAAAAAAAUACGUACAACUUCAAAUUUUCACCCGUCUGCGAUCACCACCUAUUUUUGUAUCGCAAUUUUAAUAUUAUUCUAUUCCAUCCACAGAUACGCAAUAGAGUUACAACAUGAAAAUCGAAUAUAAUAUUUGUAGUUCGAUAAAUUCUAUGUACGAUAUAUUUGGUAGGUUUGAGAAUCGGUCGUUAUCUAUUUUUUAUAACCCAAAAAUUUUUAUUAUUGUUUUUUUUUAAUUAAUUACAAUACAACGUUUGCUGGGUCAGCUAGUUUUUUUUUAUAAAUAUGAGAUAAUGCGAGAAUGUAUUGACGUAACACCGUUGUCCGUUACAAGUUCACCGAGUUCCGCGCCAAACGAUACACCGAGUAACGGUUUAUCGUUUGGUUUUCGUUCCAUAAAUAGCGCCGAUGGCAGCGCGAAUAACUUUUUAAAGAAAUCAUUGUAGAUCGUGUUACAUUUGAUUACGACCUCAAUAAUGCUAAGCCCAGUGUCGUGAUUUUCAAUUAUUAAAACAGGUUUAUUGAACCAGAGGCCACAUAUUCAAUACAAAAAAUGGAUUAUGACUUUAAUUAACUCAGUCCUGUUUAUAUCGUAUUUAUUUUAAGAUUUUUCUUUGUUUAAGGUCACUUUUUACAAACUUACUUGUAUUUGGUACUCUUGCUAUCAAUAUAAUAUUAUGCAGUUACAAUAAAAAUAAGUUUGUAAAUUAGUAGACUAAGACGUACAAGGUGUUAUUACAAAAAAAAUAUCUAAACAUGGCUUAGUAACUAUAACAACGUCAGUGUCCUAACAAUGACGACGUCUAAAAUGGAGUUUAUCAUUUUCUAUUACAAAACAGUGUUUAGCUUGUGUUUAACUAAAACGUCCUUAAACACAACAUAAACUGAAGUGUACAGAAAAAAUUAAAGGAACUGUCAUCUAUGUGUCAUCAUAUACCUAAUCUAACGGCUGUUCCCAAUAUACUAUCUACACAUAGAGAUAAAUUACUACCUUCUACUGUCAGUAAUUAGCUAUCAAUAAUCUGAAGCUGUCCCAAUAUACCCGAUAAGACAUUAUUAUCGCCACUUCACUGUUGCAAUUUCCAUACAAACUUCUAUCGCUAGUAAGCUAUACGUCGUCCCAAUGACAGACAGCGUGUACAUCCAUAAACAAGAUGAGUUACCGUCGAUAAGUUUAUUGGGACAGAAAAGUCAACGAUAGUUACGAUUUUUUAUCUCAAGUAGGCUACAACCGGAGAUAGAAUAAAUAUUGGGAAUGGCCGUAAAUCUUCCAGAAUAUGAUCUAUCCAUUAGAAACACCUUAGACAAGCUUCGAUUCGUGUUUAAAUAUAAGCAAUGUCUAAAGAUUGUUGACCGUUAAACAACAGAAAGACACAGAUUUGUAAUAUAACUUAUUUAAAACAAGUGUUCAACACAUGUUUAACUUUUUUGUAAUAGCACUACAUAUGUUUGGUUUGAUAGCUGUAUGUUAUUAUUUAUUUGUAAAUAUACACGUUUUAGUAUAUUGACUCAAUAUUCUCAUUUUUUGCAUGAAUUCGUCUUAAGUUACACUCUUGCGUAAGGGUUUAUUUUAUUUGAAUGAAUUUCUUUUUAAGUUCAUUUUGCAGAAUUCGUAUGUAAUAAUUUAAUGUAUGAAUCGAAUUGUUGUAAUGUUUUGUACGAAAUACUUAAAACGCUCUCUUUUAUACCCUUUCUUAAUAAAAGUCUUAAAAAAU